AUGAGGGCGGCGGACAUUGAAGUGUUCGCACUCCUUUCAAGCGUACAAAGGCUCACAUGGCUCGACCCUGUGCUGCAUACGUGCAUGACUGGACAAAGACUGGCUCCCGCGGCACUGUUUCCUCAAUGGCCAUGGGAUCAGACGUUGCGUCUCCAGGAUGCUUUGCACAUUUUUACUCUACUCGGAUACAUGUCUCAGCAUGGAGGACGAGACAGCCCUUGUCCAGCACUACAGAACGAGCAUAAAUGUGGGUGUGGCCGCCAUGGAGCACACUGGAAUCAUUCAGUCUUCUCCAACCUCCCUCAACCACAACCAGAGACAACCUUAACGACCUAUCUGCGCCUAUCAUUCACAGCAUCCUUACUCUCCUGUGCCAGGACACAUCUCAAUCAUUUGAUUUUACGACCCCACCGCGCUAUCCGUCAUUACUCUCGAUAUACACGCACAGGUUCACCUAUCUACACACUAGAGCUUGAUAUGAAUUGUUUACUUGACUCUGGGCUGCUAGUGUUUUCUCUUGAUGCUCUUGAGACAAUGAGGUUCUUCGACAUAGGCGGGCGACAUCCUUUACUCGACCUUCAACCACAAUCUGAUGAGCAACUAUCGCUUCCCACCCUGACAGCUCUCAAACUUGGAGUUGAAGACACAUCAAACACCCCAACUAUCCGACCUUCUGUCAACUGCCCAAAUUUACCAUCCACACCCAAGGCUCUCAAGACUACCGACUAG